AUGGGAUCCGCGAAAGUUGAUGAGUAUCUACCGAUUCGUCUGUCUGGCGGUAGUGGCGAACACGAAGGACUUAUUGAGGUAUUUCAUGGCAGAGUCUGGGGCAAGAUCUGCGCUAAUAACCAAUGGAAAUCCGAGUCCUCUGACGUCGUAUGCCGGCACCUAGGCUAUGACCAUGCUUUUGUCAUCUACUAUGACGACACGUUUUCCAAUAAUAUGACAUUCGUGCAGUAUGAUCAGGUAGACUGCGCAGGCUCGGAAACCAAUCUUACGUCAUGCACAUCUUACAGAUAUGAAGAAGGGUACUGUAAAGAUAGUGCUGGAGAGGGCGCAGGUGUGACAUGUGUAUCAAGUGAGGCACCUGAGGUAAGAGUCAGGCUGGAAGGGGGAAACGGCUCUCAUCAAGGACUGGUCGAAAUCUUCGUUAGAGAUGACUGGCGGAAAGUGUGCAGUAAAGGAUUUAGUUUCAAUAGAGGGGACGUUGUCUGCCGUUCCCUUGGAUAUAACAGAGCUUUCAUGGUAAUGGAGGAUGGCAGUAUGGUAUUCUCAAUACAAAAUGGUACAGCAAUCUUCAUUGACAAGUUAGUUUGUACUGGUGAGGAGCACGAUAUCACCGAGUGCAGAGCGUAUCGACUGAAGGAGAGGUUUGAUUCUACGUAUGGUCCCGCCGCUGUAUUUUGUGAACCUGGUGAAUCUCUGAACGUCCGUCUCGUUGGAGGUAGAGGAUCUUAUGAAGGCCGCGUCGAGAUAUCAUUAAAUGGAUCUUGGACUUCCAUUUGCGCCAAAGAGCCUUGGAUUGAGAAAACCUCUGCACAAAUUUGCCGUGUGCUCGGAUUCGAAGCCGGUGAUUCCGUUGCUUUUUACGAUGACAACCGCUUUGGUAACCCGGAAGGAGAUUUUCACAUCGAUACUCUGGAGUGCAAGGAUGAAGAACCUGUUAGUAUAACCAAGACGUGUCGUCUUAGAAAAUUCCAGGUCGGCUAUUGCGACGGUCGAUAUGCCAGCCUGCAAUGUGAUGAGCGUAAGUAA